AAGGGAGAGAGGGGGAGGGGAGAUUAAAACAGUUAAAAUUUAAUAUUUUCAUUUCAAACCGUUUUGAAGCGUGUUAAAGUACAUAUCAAUUGCGGGCUUUCGUAUGUAUUAAAGCAAAACAAAACAAAAAUUAAAAAAAAAAGAAUGAUGUAUAUCAGUGAAUCGAAAUUGUUAGAAAAUUAAUUUUUAUCUAAUUUGAAACAAUGAGAUUUGAGAAAAAAGAAAUAUAUAUAUAUUUGUAGUAUUAAGAUAAAUUAAAAAAUAUAUUUAUCGAAAUGGGAAAAUUAGUGUCGGACGAGGAGAAACACAGUACAAGCGGUUUUGUUAAUGAAGGUUUUCAAUUGGAAAAUAUUGAAUUGAAGGAUAGAAAAAGUAGUAGUACUAAUCAGAAAAUUAAUGAUCGUUCUGAUCUCGAAAAAUAUACCAUUGAUAUUCCUAAUACGGUAAAUAUCGAAAUCCAAAGAGAAGCAUGGGGUGGUGGAUUAGAUUUUUUAAUGGCUUGCAUAGCUACGUCGGUCGGCCUUGGAAAUGUUUGGAGAUUUCCAUUCACUGCAUAUGAAAACGGUGGCGGUGCAUUUUUGAUACCUUAUAUUAUUGUUCUAUUUUUUAUUGGUAAACCAUUUUAUUAUUUGGAAGGAUUGUUGGGUCAAUUUACGAACAAAUCUUGUGCGAAGACAUGGGAAAUGGUACCAGCCAUGAAAGGAUUAGGAUAUGGACAAGCUUUCGCGGCAUUCGCCGUAGUGUCGUAUUAUUCCAGCUUGAUGGCCUUGACUAUCUAUUACUUGGUAGCAAGUUUUCAAUCGGUACUACCUUGGUCGUUAUGCCGUGAAGAAUGGCAAGGACAAUGUUUCGAUGCGAUUUCUAAUGGUACGUCGAUCAAUGAAACCACCGUAGUUCAAAGUUCAGCGGAAUUAUAUUUCAGAAAAAUCGUUCUAAAAGAAUACGAUACCAUAGAAAAUGGUAUCGGGACACCAUCAUGGGAACUUGCAAUUUGUUUAUUCGUCAGUUGGCUUUGUAUAUUCGGUGUUCUCUGUCGUGGCGUUAAGAGUACAGGAAAAGCUGUAUACUUUUUAGCAAUUUUUCCUUACAUAGUGAUGAUAGUAUUAUUGGUAAGGUCAGUAACCCUUGAAGGUGCCCUAGAUGGAAUUUUAUUUUUCGUUACACCAAAAUGGGAUAUGUUGUGGAAUCCAAAUGUUUGGUACUCAGCUAUAACUCAAUGUUUCUUUUCCUUGUCCGUUUGUUUUGGACCAAUAUUGACUUAUUCCUCGUACAAUACUUUUGGUCAUAGUGUUAACAGGGAUGUGAUGAUAGUAACUACAUUAGACACAUUUACCAGUCUAAUCGCUGGCUGUACAAUUUUUGGUAUUCUUGGGAACUUAGCACACGAAAUGGGUAGUAGUGAUAUAUCCAAAGUAGUAAGAGGUGGAACUGGUCUGGCAUUUAUCUCUUACCCAGAAGCCUUAGCUAGAUUCGACGUUGUACCACAAAUUUUCGCAAUCUUUUUCUUCAUUAUGAUGUUUGUCCUUGGUACUGGAAGUGCUGUUGCUUUAUGCGGCGCAAUAUUUUGUAUACUUAGCGAUCAUUUCCCAAAAGUACGCCAAUGGAUCUUGGUUUUAAUUAUCAGUAUCAUUGGCUACUUUAUUGGCCUUGUUUACAUCACUCCGGGCGGACAGUGGCUCGUUACUUUGGUCGAUUAUUAUGGUGGAACAUUCGUUGCUAUUAUCAUUGGUGUACUUGAAAUGAUCACGAUCUUUUGGAUCUAUGGUUUAUCAAAUUUUUUAAAUGAUAUUGAGUUUAUGUUAGGAACAAAACCAACUUUUUAUUGGCGAAUGUGUUGGUCAGUUAUUACUCCAGUAUUAAUGAUAGUUAUAUUAAUUUACACGAUCGUUUCUUAUCGGCCACCAACUUACGAUGGCAUGAAUUUUCCAAAUUAUGCUUAUGGUAUCGGAUGGUUCCUAGUAUUCAUUGGUAUCGGUUUAAUAAUAGCAUGGUUUAUUUACGUAUUAAUUCAAAAUAUGUCAACGUCAAUCAGCGAUACAAUAAAAGCAGCUUUAAGACCUUCAGAAAAAAAGUGGGGACCUAAUGAUCCUGCGACGAGAAUAAAGUGGAAAAAUUUUAUUUUUGAAAAAAAAUUUCUACCUUCCAGAGGUCUAAUUGGAAAAUACUUUAAAUAAUACAUAUAUGAAUUAGGUUAAGAUAUGUAUACGUAUAUGAUAUAAGAUGUACAUAAUCAGAUGAUACGUUACAAAAGUCGCUCAUAUAGUUUUAUAUAUUAUUUUAAAAAAUAAGAAAGAUGAUUAUCCAUUUAAAUUGUCAAUACAAAUACAAAAGAAAAAUGUUUGUACAUGUGAUUCUA